GUAGGUCUUGUGCACACAAUUGAUUUCAGAGAAUGGGCAUGGCUUGCCUGACCGUCCCUUAAGGACCAUUAUUCUUCUUCCAUCAGUGAUACUAUGUGAGAUGGGUGUGUUCCCUCUAUGGCUCUGAAAUGCAUUCUAAUAAAAAGAUAAAUUUCCUCCUUGCAAUCUCGGGCUUUGGGUGUUCCUUAUACUGGGAAGGGAUUUAAAGCUGUCUGCCAGACCCGUGGGCUGUUAAAACAAGACAGUGCCACAAUGCUGAGCUCAGGCCUGCGGAUUCCCCUCCUCCUCCUCCUCCUCCUGUUGCUCACAGCGAUGGAACUGAGCUGGUCCUUUACAGAGGAGGACAAGAAGCUGAUCGUGGACCUGCACAAUCAGUAUCGCUCAAAGGUUUCUCCUCCAGCUGCAGACAUGCUGAAAAUGAGCUGGGAUCCAGAGCUGGAAACGUUUGCCAAAGACUACGCAACGAAAUGCAUCUGGGAACACAACAAGGAGCGUGGCUGGCGAGGCGAGAACCUCUUUGCCAUGACUGGUGACUUGUCUGUGAAGAGUGCAGUGGAAAACUGGUACAAUGAGUACCAGCAUUAUAAUAUGACCACGUUAACAUGCGCAGAGGGGGAGAUGUGUGGCCAUUAUACCCAGGUGGUCUGGGCCAGCAGUGAGCGUGUUGGCUGUGGGACAGAGUUCUGUAAAACGCUGGAAAAUCUGAAUGACACUGACAUGCACUUGGUGGUCUGCAACUAUGAACCCCCGGGGAAUGUAAUUGGUCAUAAGCCUUACGAGGAGGGAUCACCAUGCUCAAAAUGCCCUGAUGGCUAUUCCUGUGAGGGCUCUCUCUGUGUGUCUAGUGUUGACUUGGAAGGAACCACUGCAUCCCCUGGGCCUACGGGACUGGAACCAACUGCCAUCCUGACCACAAGCCCUAAAUCAAUUUCCAUCACAACAGGUCCAACAUCCUCCACAGCAGAAAGUCCCAAACCCAUCACAGAGGCAGAACCUGAAUCCCCCACAACCAAAAAGCCAACUUCAGACCUGGACCUUAAAACAUCUCCAGAGUUGCAGACAAAAGCAACCGAUGCCUCUUUGGCAACAGGAUUUACUCCUCACAUAAGCUUGGCUCCCACUCCUGCCUCCCCAGAAACAGGAACUACACAAAUCUUCUACUCAGAACUUCCUUCAUCUGAUGGUUUAAUCACUUCUGACACCAACAUGAAAAAUGUUGAGCAGCCUCCAACUACCACUGAACCAGUGCCCUCCACUCCUAAGGCACUACCCACCCCUAAACUGCCUCCCACUCCUAAGAAGCCUCCCCCAUCUAAAGUGCCCUUCCCCCAUAAGCCACCCUCCCACCCCAAGCCUGCCUACCCUAAGCCUGUCUACCCUAAACCACACUCUCCCCCUAAACUGACCCCCAUUUCUAAAUCACCUGCAAAACAUCGUUUGUCAGCUUAUUCCAAAGCAAUAAAGAGGCUCAAUCAUGAUGUUCAAUCCUCUUCAGGAAAGGCAGCUCACCUCUCUGUCUGUCUGCCCUGCCUUGGAUGUAAACAAAUUAGCCAACCUGAAGAAAUAAAGACUGCACUUAACGAGCUGACCUUCAGAAACCCCUACACUUCUUGCUUUUCCCCACUUCCUCGAUGGCGGAGGCAUAGCAAAUGCCGCUGGUGUGGACGCACCUGGAGCCAUGCACUUACGAGAGCCAGUCCCUAUUGGCUCAAGAGUUUAUAGCACUAUGUCACCAAAUGUAUUUAUAUGCAGAGUUCUUCAUCUCUGCAUGUGUAUGCAUGUGUAUGUGUGUCAAUGUGCACACAUGUAUUUUUCUUUCUGCACUUUUGUGCACAUGACAGUCU